AUGGGCUCUAUAUUGGCCGACAAGUCCACGCCCGCGGCACCGCAUUCCUACCCAGUGCCUUCGCCAGGCGUGUACUGUCCCGCAGUCACCUUCUUCGACCCUGACACGGAUAGCCUUCGUCCGACCGAACAAGGCCAGUACUACUCGUACCUGGCCGAUUCCGGCCUCACUGGGCUGGUCAUCUUGGGUACAAAUGCGGAGACAUUCCUCCUUACUCGAGAAGAGCGGGCUACUCUGUUGCGAUUAGCACGCAAGUCGGUUCCUGAGAACUAUCCUCUCAUCGCCGGUGUGGGCGGACACUCGACGGCUCAAGUACUCGAGUACAUUGCAGACGCGCAUGCCGCGGGUGCGAACUACGUCCUCGUCCUCCCGUGCGCAUACUUCGGCAAGCAAACAACACCCACAGUCGUCCACAACUUCUACUCGGCCGUGGCAAAGGCAUCCCCUCUCCCAAUCCUCAUCUACAACUUCCCGGGUGUUUGCAACGGUCUGGACCUCGACUCUGACACCAUCGCGGCAUUGGCGCAGGAGCACCCGAACAUUGUGGGAGUGAAGUUGACAUGUGGCUCGGUUGGUAAGAUUACACGUCUGUCCGCAACGUUUCCGCCUGAGCGGUUCGCUGUGUUUGGUGGCCAGUCCGACUUCUUGGUGGGUGGACUGGCGGCAGGGAGUGCCGGCUGUAUCGCCGCGUUUGCAAACAUAUUCCCCAAGACGGUGACCAAAAUAUUCGCCUUGUGGACGGCAGGCAAACAUGACCAGGCUUUGGCUCUGCAGAGAAUGGCCGCUCACGCCGAGAGUCCGACCAAGGCUGGCAUUGCAACCACAAAAUAUGCCGCAAGUCAGUACAGCGCCAAGAAGGCUGGGAUCCAAGGUGACCUCGAGGCUCUGCUGCGGCCGCGACGGCCUUAUGAAGAGCCGAGUGAGGUAGUCAUGAAGAAGAUCAGAGAUGUCAUGGCACCGUUGGACGAGGUCGAGAGGACGCUGUAG